AUGGACUUGGGUGUGGACGGUCCGCGACACAAGAGCUGGCGGCUCUAUCGACCGGCGAUUUACAAUACCGUUGCCUCCUGGAGCCUCGUGGCCACGCUGUUCCUGAUCCACGGGGCGAUUGGAGCGCGACCUGGGACCGCUUCUCGCCAGGUUCGGCUCGGCCUGCCCGUCGACGGUAGCGAGUGGCGCCCGCCGGAAGCGAAACAUUGGCAGGCAGUGUCGGCGCCAGCAACAGGACCCGCUGACAGCCCGGUGACGCUGGUGACAAGUUCGCUUGAUCGUAUCGCUCACAGCCAUCGGGCGGCCGUAGUGACGAUUGGCGGCAUGAUUGGCACAAUGAACGCGGCCACGCUUGGCCCAUCGCUCACUGCCGAUGUGAGACAAUCGAAAGAUGGUUUGGUCCCGAGCACGAUGACCGACAGUUUCCUGUUCCAUAACGCCACACGGCCCCCCACGCUGGAAAAACAUUUCCUGUUCCGUCGUGAUUUGAGCAAAAAGGGACAGGAUACAGCACCUUCCGCAGGAUCGGUGAACGGGGAGCCCAUUACCCACUGCCCGGGUCCAGAAUCGAUGGUCGGAAAUUGCACCACGACCCGGGACCUGCACCCGUCGACGCUAAUGACCCACGGCGCCGGCAGCGGUAACGGCACCGAGGUCACGGCCCGCCUGAACAGGACCGGCUUCGGAGGGCCGGCGAUGGAUGGGCCGGAAUUAGCGACACUUCAGUCGCCGCUGGAAGAUAAUCGCACCGCCUACUACUAUUCGGUCGCAAAUCUGGACAACCACAACGACGUAGUGUGCGACGACGAGUACCAGAUGGAGUACAACGAGAACUGCUUAAUCGAUCACAACGUCACGUGCGUCGGCGAUCCCGAUUUCUGCAACCUGACCUACGGCGAGUACCGACAGCUGCUGAUGGAUUACAUCUAUCCAUCGACCGGCGAGUGGAUUCUCAUCGCCUCGCACACCGUCGUAUUCAUCAUGGGGCUGGUCGGCAAUGCAUUGGUGUGCAUAGCAGUGUACACCAACCAUACGAUGCGCACCGUGACGAAUAUCUUCAUCGUGAAUUUGGCUGUGGCCGACUUCUUCGUCAUACUGUUCUGCCUUCCGCCUACCGUCGUCUGGGAUGUGACCGAGACGUGGUUCAUGGGGAAAGCCAUGUGCAAGGUGGUAAUAUACUUUCAGACCGUGUCGGUGACAGUUUCGGUUUUAACGCUGACGUUCAUCUCGAUCGAUCGAUGGUACGCGAUAUGCUUUCCCCUGCGCUACAAACCCAGACCGGAACGUGCCUGGCGCUCGAUUGCUCUUAUUUGGCUGAUUGGCUUCCUGUCGGACUUGCCCGAGUUUCUCGUGCUGACGACGCGCCGGAAGAAGUUACGCUUCGACAUCAAACUCUUCACGCAAUGUGUUGCCACAUGGGACAACGAAACCGAAAAGACUUUCUACAUCGUCAAGUUCGUGCUUCUGUAUACUUUGCCCCUUCUGUUCAUGACUGUCGCCUACUUCCAAAUAGUGCGCGUCCUGUGGCGCUCGGAUACAAUCCCCGGCCAUCGGGAAUCACGCAAUCAGCCGUGUGGAAUGCACAGCACCAGGACCACACUGAACUGCGUCGGGAACACGAGCACUAUGGGCCAGCUGCGGGCACGCCGGAAAGCGGCCAAAAUGUUGGUGGCUGUGGUGAUCAUGUUCGCCGGCUGCUACUUCCCGGUGCACAUGCUCAAUGUGGCAAGGUACACCGUUGACAUUGGUCAAAGCGAUAUUGUGGCAGUGUUGUCACUCUUUUCCCACUGGCUAUGUUACGCAAACAGUGCUGUGAACCCUGUGAUCUACAAUUUUAUGAGCGGAAAAUUUCGUCGAGAAUUCAAAAAUGUGCUGGAGAAAUGCCGCUGCCUGAAAAACUCCCACGCGUACGGAGGGGGCCGCGUCGGUGGCUAUGACGACCGGUCCCUCUGCCAUACCGCCACCCGGUUAAACGUGAGCCCAAGCACCCGAAGCAACUACCAUUUGGCCAGUGUAAGAGAUGCGCGGUUUAAGCAGCACACGCAGCAAACGUCGUUCAACGGAAGCCGCCAUCUCCACGGCCGGAACAGCAUCAAUCAUCCGGGCAGCCUACAAACUCAAAUUUCCCCGAUUUCGAUGGAAGAGCGAGUGGCGGUGGCGAAAAAUCUGGACAGCGAAACGCUCCAGUUCACACCGAGGACAAAUUCGUCCGCGGUCCCAACGAGCAGGGCGGCCGGAUACGGAAACAGUAGCAUCAACCAUUCAAAUAGAGGUAGCAAAGGUGCUACCAACAGCUACCGUGGAACCACCAACGGAAGUCAGCAACAGCGCCAGUCGUUCCUGCAGCAUCAACAUCUCGGUCAGACCGGACAAGUGGUACUCGGCAAGGCGGACGGCAACUGUGCUGACCAGGAGCCCACCAACGCAUCACCGCGGACGAUGAUUGUGAAUCAAUCGAGCAGCUGUAAAUACAACGAUACUUGA